UUGACUCAUCUGUUCAUAGGUUGUGUGUCAUAAAUUUACCCUUUAAAUUCAUAAUAAAAAUGACAGAAACAGACUAUUUAAAGCAAAAUCCUGAGGAACAUUUAGAUAUGACACCUGAUAUCAGUCCAGGUAGUCAGCUAGUGAAAUUAAAGAAACUAUGGUCUAAAAUCCAUGCGCAAAAAAAUGAAUGGAACCUGAAGACCGAAGGGGAACUCUUAAACCUGCUGAAAAAUGAUCCUAACUUAACGCAUAAAAAAUUUCAUUUUUGCUAUUCAUUCAUGUCUAUUCUACCAAGAAUAUAUUUAAUUAAAAAUUUUAAAUCAGAAAAAUAUAAUAUUUUUAAACAGAUCAUCGAUUUAGCAUGGGCUGGAAACUACUAUAAUACACACACAUAUUUCAUCGCAAGUGCCAAGUGUGACUUAGAAUAUUUACAAACAAACGUGGAUAAUUUAAAGAUAAAAAAUAGCACACAAGAAGGAGAUACUCCUCUACAAUAUUUACUAAAAUUUGGCGACUAUGACAAUGAAAACUUUGUUGAAUGCUUGAAAUUAUUGAUAACAAAGGAGAAUAUAAAUAAAUUGGAUUAUAACAACAAAAAACCUUUGGAUGUGGUUAGGAAGCACCAUGAUAAAAGCAAUGAUAUAAUCCAAAUUUUAUCAGAAGCAGUGCAAGCAGAAUCAAAACAUACGCAACUUUUUAAUGCGGUCAUCAGCAAUAAUCUUGACGUCUUUAAAAAUAUUCUAAAGGAAAUUAAGGACUGCUAUAAUUAUGAUGAUGGUGAAAAUACUCUGUUACAAUUGUGUGUAAUGAGAAAACAAUGGAAUAUGGUGGAACUGUUAAUAUCCAACGCUAAAACGGACAUUAAUAAGAUAACAAUAAAAAAUAAUUAUCAUCCUAUUCUGUUAAUGGCUAUCAUUGGAAAAAUUCAAUCCGACAAAAAUUUUUAUUGUGAAUUUUUGAAACAAAAGAAGUUGCGUAUCUCCAAAGAAUUGUUUCAUAAGUUUAUAGAAUUCAGAUCAAACCCCAUAAAAACGGAUUUUUUUGAUAAAUUUCUGGAAUGUGAAGCAAUUAAUGUAGACAUGAAGAUGGAUGAUCAACAAGAGAAUACGCCUCUACAUUAUGCCAUCAUUUUUGGCAAUAAACAUGCAAUACAAGGUAUGCUAAAGAGAGGCGCAUCUCUAUAUACAAAAAAUGGUAAUCAAAAAUCAUGUUUAGACAUGAUUCAAACCUCAGAUAUGAACAAAUUUCUAAAUUCGUGUAUAAAUUUGGAUAACUAUACAAACGACGUAUAUUAUAUAAACUAUAAAUUUCAGUUAAACUAUCAAUUUUUACCACAAGACGGUACCGAAAUGAAUAUGUUGUUUUCAACAAAAUUUAAGGACUUAUUAAACCAUGUGCUGUUAGACAUUUUUAUAUACCUUAAGUGGAAUCUUGCAAAAAGUUAUCUCAUAUGGUUUUCUGCGAUUAGACUCAUUCACAUUGUAUUUACAACCAUAAUAUUAUUUAAUAUCGACAAUAUAGAGAGAAGUGUGUAUAUUUUUUUCAUGAUAUUAAUUGAAAUCUUUCAAUAUGUUAUAAUGAAACAAUUUUGUAACAAUGACAAACAUUCAAAUUUUGAAAAAUUGUUAACAUGUCUAAUAUUCCUACACUUGAUUUUAAUAUUGUUUAACUUCAAUUUUAUAUUCAUUUCAGCCAUUAUUUAUGUGAUAAUGGCGACCUCAUUUCUGCUGCUUCUAGGAUAUCAUCCAUACUUGUCGAAAUGGUCAGUAAUGUUACAAAAUGUCUAUAUUUCAUUUUUUAAAUUGCACAUCUUUUUCUUCCCCCUCAUAUUAGCUUUUACUCUUGGUUUUUGUCAGUUAUUCCGAGAAAAAAAAGAUGUCUUUAAAAAUAUACAAUCUUCGGUAUUUUCAGUGUUAGUUAUGCUUACAGGAGAAUUUAAUGCAUUUGAUGUUUUCAUUCAAGACAAUAUAACCAUUUUUAAUCAAUUAUUUUUUAUUAUAUUUGUAAUUAACAUAAGUGUCGUCCUCAUGAAUUUUUGGAUUGCUAUUACUGUCUCCGAUAUAGGCACAACUGACAAGUAUGAACUAGAUGGUCAUAUUAACACCAUAAAGUUUUUACUAUAUGUAGAAAAUUUUUAUAUGAAUUAUGGAAACCGUUUCCUUUUUAAAACCCAUUGCCCAUUAUUAUUCCCUGAAAAUAAGAAUAAGACAAUAGACAUAUACAUUAAUAAAACAAAUGGAGCAUUUGACCACAAAUUUCUGAAGGAUUUGGAAUUAAAUGUGCAAAUUAAAACUAAAUUAAUAAAUUUAUACAACGAAAGAACAAAUAUCUAAGUACAAAUUAAAAAAGUAUGAUCCAAAUUAAUAUCAUAAUAUUGGUUUUAAAGAUAUUUUAAAUAAAUUCAAAAGUAAUUGCCACCUAUGAAAUGUACAAAAAAUGUAACCUA